GCGGACACCGGAGUAGUGACGCCACAUCCUGUUUAGCCUUGUCGCUAAGCUAUCCAACAACAUGAUGGCUACUCUUUUGGUUGAGUAAGAUCAACUGAAAUUGGAAAUCAACAACCGAUCAUUUGGACAGCUUUAUAUAAUCUGCUCAUCGACAUCUACAUCUUGUAGCUGUACAAUUUGUUUCUGCCUCUUCAAACCACCAAAAUGCCUAUCCAGUGCAGCAAGUGUACCGAGCAGCGGGCGGUCCUGAAACGUCCAAAGACCGGUCAAUCGUUAUGUAAAGAGUGUUUCUUCGUUGUUUUUGAGGAAGAAAUCCACCACACGAUUGUGUCAGCACAGCUCUUUAAACCAGGAGAGACUGUGGCAAUAGGUGCUUCUGGUGGGAAGGAUUCCACGGUCCUUGCACAUGUUAUGAAAGUCCUGAACGAGCGUUACAAAUAUGGUCUCAACCUCAUGCUGCUAUCUGUGGACGAGGGCAUCACCGGUUACCGGGACGACUCCCUGGAGACUGUGAAGAGGAACCAGGAGCAGUAUGACCUGCCGCUGAAGAUUGUUUCUUAUGAGGAGCUGUACGGCUGGACCAUGGAUGCUAUCGUGAAACAAGUCGGAAUGAAAAACAAUUGCACCUUUUGUGGAGUAUUCAGACGACAGGCCUUGGAUAGAGGAGCCAAACUGCUGAACGUAGAUAAGAUAUGUACAGGCCACAACGCAGACGACCUGGCGGAGACGGUGCUGAUGAACGUCCUGCGGGGGGACAUUGCCCGCCUGCGCCGAUGCACCUCCAUCUCCACCAGCAGCGGCGGCGAGGGCGUGCUGCCCCGCUGCAAGCCCCUCAAGUAUGCCUACGAGAAGGAGAUCGUGCUGUACGCCUACUUCAAGAAGCUCGACUACUUCUCCACCGAGUGCAUCUACUCCCCCAACGCCUACCGCGGCCACGCCCGGGCCUUCCUCAAGGACCUGGAGAGCGUGCGGCCCAGCGCCAUCAUGGCCGUGCUCCACUCCGGGGAGAAUCUGUCCAUCAAGGAGAGCGUGAAGAUGCCGGUCCAGGGGACGUGCGGCCGCUGCGGCUACAUCUCCAGCCAGGCCCUCUGCAAGGCCUGUGUGCUGCUGGAGGGCCUCAACCGGGGCCUGCCCAAGCUGGGCAUUGGAAAGCACCACCGCCUGCACGAGAAGCUCCUCUCCCAGCAGCCCCUCAGCAACGCAGAGGAGAGGAAGCUGAAGGCAGUGGACUUCUGAGUGAGGCGGGUCCAGGUGCUUUGUACAAUGACCACACCAUCAUUUUUUACGAAAAAAAAACACGUUUCUGAUCAAUUGGUUUUUAUCAGCUGGUUCUUUUCAGGGGAAAUCUGACUCAACAAGAUCGCAUACAAACAGAGUUUUGCCUCAAUCCAUGUUUCUUUAUCGUGCUAUCUAUUACCUAAGAGAACAGGCUUAUUUUAAAAUACCAUCAUUGCAUAUGGAAUGUACAGCUUUCUGUGUCAUGUUUUAGGUUUAUAUUUAUUAUUCUUAAAUCGUGUUUGCUACAUGUGCUAGUAAACACAAUAUCUAUGUAUAGUGGCUAUUUGUUAAAAAAAAUGAUUAAAAAAGAUUUAUAUAUCU